AUGGAUAGAAGCUGGGUCUCGUCACUUCUUCUAUUGAUUUUGAUUUUCUCCAAUGCUUCUUCGUUCGGGAGAUCUCGGGAGUUAGCUGAUGAAGAAGAACCCAAGGAUAAUUCAAAUUCAACAACACCUACACAAAAUUCUACAUUGCCUAACGUUACACCCAUCGGAGAUGUAAAAUCCAAUGAAACCUCAUCAGAACCUUCUCUACCAACAAGUAAUUCGACGAAUCCUGAUCCUAAGGAGCCUAAUUUGGCGAGUCCACCUCCGCCGCUGCAACCUGAAAGCGAGAAUAAUGGUACGACGGAGCCGAUAAGCCCGCCUCCGGUGAACCAAACAGAUAGCCAGGACAGUGGAAAAUUACCGGCUAAAUUGGCGCCGCCUCCAAAAAGUCCAGAGAGUGGGAAAAAUGAGACGGAGCCAGGAAAGGGAAACUCGCCUCCGGCUAAAGAUCCUGAUAAAGUGAAAGACUCUGAGGGGAGCUCAGAGCCUGCCAUUGCAGAGACCUGUGAAGGGAAGUCUAAGAUAUGUAGGACUGGGAAUUCGUUGGUGGCAUGCACUUUAAGCAUCGAAAAUGAUCCUUCGAAAUGGUUGAUUCUAGUUCAAAACGAAGGUGAAGAAUCUUUGAAAGCAAAAAUUGUUCCUCCAGUUAACUCUUUACCAGAGCUGACACUGCCAAAACACCAGAGUCAAAGGGUAAACAUAUCCAUCAGUGGAGACACAAACAAAAUCAUACUGGACGCCGGGAAGGGAGAGUGUGUGCUUCACAUGCACGUACCAGAAGCAAACACACUAUCCAUCCACCUUCCUUCGUACGAAAAGCUAGUGACGCCCAUUAACGGCGCCUAUUUCUUAAUAGUAUCCGUCGUUAUAUUUGGGGGAGUUUGGGGACUGUGUCUGUGCCGGAAGAAUCGCCGAGCAGGCAGUGGAGUGCCUUACCGUGAGCUAGAAUUGAGCGGAGGGUCGGGCUUAGGAGGUGAGUCAGUGGUCCAUGACGUUGAGACAGCGGACUGGGACGAGGGUUGGGAUGAUGAUUGGGAUGAGAAUAAUGCUGUGAAAUCUCCCGGUGGUGCAGCGAAUAGUGUUAGCAUCUCUGCGAACGGAUUAACAGCGAGAGCUCCGAACCGAGAUGGAUGGGACCAUGACUGGGACGACUAG